GUGAGUCCUCCGUACUGCUGGGACCAGCGAAGGCAGACCGAGGAGUCGGUGCCAGAGACACUGAGAUACCGAACUGUGCGCAGGCAGGACGAGGCCCAUCCCGGAACUCGGCUUUAACAUGUUUCCAUCUUUGUGGCAUGACCGUGCAGCUAGGCCUAACCCUGGUGGUGGGGGUAGCCCUGUGCUUGAUGCAUGGCCAGUCUUUGCUGCAGGCUCCUGAGCGUCCCUUUUCAGUGCUGUGGAAUGUACCCUCAGCAAGAUGUAAGGCCCACUUUGGUGUGCAUCUACCACUCAGUGCCCUCGGCAUCAUAGCCAACCAUGGCCAGCAUUUUCAUGGCCAAAACAUCACCAUCUUCUACAAGAACCAGUUUGGUCUUUAUCCUUACUUUGGACCUAGAGGCACAGCCCACAAUGGGGGUAUCCCUCAGGCUGUGUCUCUAGACCACCACUUGGCACAAGCUGCCCACCAGAUCCUCCACAGACUAGGAUCUAGCUUUGCUGGUUUGGCGGUGCUGGACUGGGAAGAGUGGUAUCCCCUCUGGACUGGGAACUGGGGCCCCCAUCGGCAAGUCUACCAGGCAGCCUCCUGGGCUUGGGCACAGCAGAUGUUCCCUGACUUGGACCCUCAGGAACAGCUCCACAAAGCCCGCACUGGCUUUGAGCAGGCUGCCCGUGCACUGAUGGAAUCUACACUGCAGCUGGGCCAGACACUUCGCCCACGUGGGCUCUGGGGGUUUUAUCGAUACCCAGCCUGUGGCAAUGGCUGGCAUAAUAUGGCUUCCAAUUACACAGGCCGGUGCCAUGCAGCCAUCGUUACCCGAAACACCCAGCUGCAUUGGCUCUGGACUGCCUCCAGUGCUCUCUUCCCUAGCAUCUACCUCCCACCCAGACUGCCACCUGCCUACCGUCAGGCCUUUGUACGGCACCGCCUGGAGGAGGCCUUCCGGGUAGCCCUUGCUGGGCAUGCACAUCCUCUACCUGUUCUGGCCUAUGCUCGCCUCACACACCGGAGCUCUGGGAGAUUCUUGUCUCUGGAUGACCUGAUACAGACUAUUGGCGUGAGUGCAGCACUGGGGGCAGCUGGAGUGGUGCUCUGGGGGGACCUGAGUUUCUCCAGCUCUGAGGAAGAGUGCUGGCGUCUCCAUGACUACCUAGUGGGCACUUUAGGCCCCUAUUUGAUCAAUGUGACUAAGGCUGCCAUGAACUGCAGCCAUCAGCAUUGCCAUGGACAUGGUCGCUGCGCUCGGAAAGACUCAGGCCAAAUGGAGGCCUUUCUGCAUCUUCAGCCAGAUGAAGGUCUUGGAGCUUGGAAAUCCUUCAGAUGCCGUUGUUACUCAGGCUGGGUUGGCCCUACCUGCAAGGAGCCCAAACCUGAGCCCAAGGAAGCAACAUAAAGUCAGGGGUUCCUGCCCUUGAGGUUUGCCCCUGCUGCAAUUCCCAUUUAUAAUUCCCCAAGUACAUAGCCCACUUCCACAAACACGGCUUCCCUCAGAGUUCCUGAGGAAUAGACAGGGCCUAAUAAAAGCAUAAAACCAG